AGACGGAAGCAUGAAAAAGAGCACCAAAGUAGUCACGAUGACUUCUCUUUAAAUAUGACAGUGAAGCUAUCAAAAGUGGGUCGUAUAUAUACGUUCGUGCAAAAAAAAAAAAAAAAAAGGUACUGCAUAUUCGAGAUUCGUGCUCGCUAUAGUUGAACGUACAGUUUAUGUUCUACAGACUAAAGGAUUUCCUCAGUCGGUUUGUACUGCCGAUUAAUUUUUAAAGUACUUGGUCGCUGCUGGCCCUUCUAAAAGAUGUCAUGGUUCAAUUACGUCAGUCAAAAGCCGGACCGCCAGCAGCAGUUUUCCACCGACAGCCGCAGAAUGUCGGCCACAGACGACUCGCGUGCGCCUUACGGCUCCAGGCUCAGGGGGGCACCGGCGACUGAGGCGUCACCGAGCAUGGCAACGCAAAACCGGGCUGGCUUCCCCUCCUGUCCUCCCACCCUGGAGAAUCUGACAUGCGGGUCUCCGAGCGGAGGCCAGCUGGGAGAACCGGAGCUCAUCUCUUACGUGAGCCUCCAGGAGCAGAGGUGCGUCCUGAGCUGGUUCCAGGGCUGGACUUCCUCUCAGCGGGAGAGAUUUCUGCAGGACCUGGUGGGCAAAGCUGUGCCUGGGAAGGUGUGCACCCUUCUCGACUCUCUCAGUACUCUUCAGGUUAAGGACAGACUACCAAACAUUUUCGAAUGCCAGCUACGCCUGUGGACACAAUGGUUUGAGUCUUGGGGAGAAGAAGAGCGCAAUCAUUUCGUGCACAUACUGGAAGAGAGGGAUCCUACAUUUGUCGCCCACUUUUACAACUGCGUAGCAGGUACAGCGGGGAGAGACUGAGUCAUGAUUGCAUCUUGAAACUCAGACUGGGACAAUCGGCAAAGUGAAUGUGCAUUGGUGUAAGAUACUCACUUCUUCCAAAAGAGAAAUAAAUGUAGGUGUGGGGUGUAACCUUUAUGUUAAAUAGAAUCCUGAGUAUUGUGACCAACUUUUUCAAAGUCUUGUUUCUUCAACAAUUCUUCAGGGAAACAUCACAAAGAAAUGUCUUUAUAAC